AAUUGGAACAAGUAGCGACAGGAUAUUUCCAAACCCUAUUCACCUCUUCAAAUCCUUCGGACUUUGAAAGCUCACUCCAGUAUAUUACUGAGAAAGUAACCCCUGCCAUGAAUGAGGCUCUCACAAAAGCUCCAUCAGAUGAUGAGAUACAAAGUGCAAUGUUUGAUAUAAAUCCCGACAAAGCUCCAGGCCCGGAUGGGAUGACGAGUCUCUUUUUUCAAAAGUAUUGGGGCAUUACCGCUGAGGCAGUAAGGCAUAUGGUUAAAGAGUUUUUCAAGAACGGGACCUUGGAUCCCCGUCUAAACCAAACCAAUAUCUGCCUCCUUCCUAAGACCGAGAGACCGAUCGAGAUGACUGAAUUCAGACCUAUCAGCCUGUGCAAUGUCUCGUAUAAAGUUAUAUCCAAGCUCAUGAGCAAGCGCUUAAAAAAAUGUCUCCCCAAGAUUAUCUCAGAGACUCAAUCGGCCUUCGUAGCCAGACGUCUGAUCACAGACAAUAUUCUCGUCGCACACGAAGUAUUCCACGCCCUACGCUCCAAUCCUGGAUGUCGAUCCAAAUUUGUCGCAAUCAGAACGGAUAUGAGCAAGGCCUUUGAUAGAGUAGAAUGGUCCUUCCUGGAAGCUCUCCUUCUGAAACUUGGCUUCUCCCCGCAGUGGGUCUCAUGGAUCAAACUCUGCAUAUCAUCAGUCUCAUAUCAAGUUUUGCUCAACGGUGAACCAAAAGGAAGUAUCAAACCAUCGCGUGGCAUCCGGCAAGGGGAUCCCUUAUCACCUUUCCUCUUUAUUCUCCUAACGGAAGCUCUUAUCUCCCAGCUUCAAGGAGCAGAAAGCGAGGGACGCAUCACAGGCCUCAAAAUCGCAAGAAACAGCCCACCUGUUUCCCAUCUCCUCUUUGUAGACGACAGCCUUUUCUUCUGCAAAGCUGAAGUCCAACAAUGCUCCGAACUGGUCCGGAUCAUCAAUACAUACGGUUUAUCAUCUGGCCAACAGCUGAAUGUGAAUAAAUCAUCCAUUCUCUUUGGAAGCAAAGUCCCACAGGAUAUCAAAUCAGAGCUGAAACAAUCUCUCGGGAUCUCGAAAGAGGGAGGCAUGGGAGUCUAUCUCGGGUUACCAGAGAAAAUAUGCGGCAGUAAAAAGCAAGCUUUUGCUUUUAUUCAAGAACGACUAAAUAACCGUAUUAACUCCUGGUCCGGAAAACUCCUAUCUAAAGGUGGCAAGGAAAUUCUUCUCAAAUCAGUAGCUCAAGCUCUCCCCACCUAUAUAAGGGAGGACUCGGAUUCCGAGAUUUUCAGAAAUUUUAAUCUCGCUCUCCUUGCGAAGCAACUAUGGCGACUACUUCAGCAUCCAUCAUCUCUCCUAGCCCGUGUGCUAAAAGGAAGAUACUAUCGCCAAUCGUCCCCGGUGGAUGUUAAAAAAGCAAGCUCUCCGUCGUACGUAUGGCGUAGUCUAAUGGCCGCUCAGCCCCUGUUAAAGGCCGGACUGAGACGAUCAGUAGGGACAGGAACUAACACCAUGGUCUGGUCGGACAACUGGAUCCCAGACACCACGCCACGACCAGCCUCCCCCUGCGGCCCUUCUUUUAACCCGAGCUUGCGGGUUAGUGACCUGAUCGACGCCGCCACAGGUAACUGGAACACGACGGCGCUCCAUGCCCUAGUCACCAGCGAAGAUAUCCCGCUCAUCCAGAGCUUGAGACUCAGACGAACUAACCGACCAGACGGGUUUGUUUGGGCCCUCUCGAAAUCUGGAACAUACUCGGUCCAAUCUGGAUAUGCGCUAGCUAUGACAAGAGAAACAUCCACCGUACCAACACUGGUCUCGGAACCUAGCACCACGUCCCUGAAAGCCAAAGCUUGGUCUCUCAAGACCUCGAGAAAGAUCAAACACUUUAUCUGGCAAGCCUUAUCAGAUUGCGUACCAGUCUGCAGUCGACUAACCGAUCGGCAUUGUAGUAAAGAACGGAACUGUCCCCGUUGUGGAGCUGAAAAUGAAACCAUCAACCAUUUACUCUUUGAAUGUCCUCCAUCGGUUCAGGUGUGGGCCUUAGCCCAUAUCCCUCACUCUCCGGGUACUUUCCCGAGUGCUUCAAUUUUCAGCAACCUUAACCACCUCCUAUGGCGGGCAAAAGGACUUGGCCUUCCGACGUCAAUCCUCGAAAAUGUGCCAUGGAUCUUGUGGUUCAUAUGGAAAGCUAGAAACGAUAAACUUUUUAAUGGGAAGGAUACAUCACCACUGGAUACAGUCCAGAUAGCCAUCUCCGAAGCGGGUAACUGGAAACUAGCUCAAGUCAUGCUUUCCCACAACGAGGAGGAAGCUCCCCCGCCACCAUGCACGCAACCUACCGGCCCUAGAUGCUCCAUUGACGCCUCUUGGCAUCAAGACGACGCUCUUUUCGGCGGAGGUAUGGUCCUAACGAACGAGGAUGGGGUAACGACCUUUGGUUCAUUCACUAGUAACCGAGGUCUAACCCCCCUACACGCAGAGUUUCAUACUUUGCUGUGGGCUAUGAAAUCCUCACUUCAAAUGAAUCAUUUUGAUAUGACUUUUGAGACAGAUUGUCAACAACUAGUCAAGAUCAUCGUAGACGAAGAAGAAGAAGACUGGCCAUCUUUAUUGGUCGAAAUUGAAGAGUUUCAUCACCUUCAUUCUAUGUUUAACUUUUGUUCUUUACGUUUUAUCCCUCGUUCUUGUAAUGUCCGAGCCGACAGUCUUGCAAAAGCUGCUCGUGCUCGUGGAACAAUCUUUUCCCAUGUAAUCUCUAGAAUUCCAUCCCGGACGGCUCAAACCGACCAAAUGGAAAUUCUUUAA